CAGAAUGCUUUCUGAAAAGUUCUGCAGGACAGAGAAGUUGAACACUUGAUCACAUGCAGGAGCACAGGAUAGAUGGAGUACAGCUGACUCAACAGCUUCUGGGGAUUUGGGUUUUGCAAUGGAACAGGUAUGGUUACUGCUCCUGCUGACGAUUAAAGUGCUUUCGGUGACUGCUCAGUUCAACGGCUACAACUGUGAUGCUAACCUCCAUAGCAGGUUUCCUGCUGAACGUGAUAUCAAUGUUUUCUGUGGAGUACAGGCGAUUACUAUGAAGAUAAAUUUUUGCACAGUUCUAUUCUCUGGUUAUUCUGAAACAGAUCUGGCACUGAAUGGGAAGCAUGGGGAUGCUCACUGCAGGGGGUUCAUCAAUAACAACACCUUUCCAGCAGUGGUCAUUUUCAUCAUCAAUCUGAGUACUUUGGAAUCCUGUGGAAACACUUUAGUGGUGUCCUCAGCUCGAGGUGUCAAUGCUUAUGGGAAUAUCUCAGUGGUACAGAUAGGUAAUGUUUCGGGCUAUAUAGAUACACCAGACCCACCAACUAUUAUCAGCUAUUUACCUGGGCUUCUGUACAAAUUUAGCUGUAGCUAUCCUCUGGAGUACCUGGUUAACAAUACCCAGCUUGCUUCGUCAUCGGCUGCUAUUUCUGUAAGGGAGAACAAUGGUACAUUUAUCAGCACUUUGAAUUUGUUGCUUUACAAUGACUCGACCUACAGCCAGCAGCUCCUCAUUCCAAGUACAGGUUUACCUUUGAAAACCAAAAUAUAUGCAGCUGUGAGAGCAACCAACCUUGAUGGCAGGUGGAAUGUUUUGAUGGACUACUGUUACACUACACCAUCUGGUAAUCCGAGUGAUGAUCUUCGAUAUGAUCUUUUUUUCAGCUGUGACAAGGACCCUCAGACAACUAUCAUUGAAAAUGGCAAGAGCCAAAUGGGGCGAUUUUCAUUUGAGGUAUUCCGCUUUGUGAAGCACAAGAACCAGAAGAUGUCUACGGUCUUCCUCCACUGCGUGACAAAGCUGUGCAGAGCAGAUGACUGUCCCUUUCUUGUGCCAAUUUGCAGUCACAGAGAAAGAAGAGAUGCUGGUAGCAGAACAACUUGGAGGCCUCAGAGCACCUCUGGCAAUGCUGUGAUCACUGCUGGCCCCAUCAUUACGAGGAGUGAUGAGACACCAACCAACAACUCUCAGCUUGGUAAACCCACUCAACAUGGACCUCCUUUCCAGCUGAAUUCAGUCACCAGUGCACUGAUUUCAGGCGUGGUCAUCCUCGGAAUCACAAGUGUUUUCUUUUUUGUGUGUUCCCUAACUCUACUGCACAGAAAUUGGCCCAACAACUCAGUCUUGAGUGGCAUCCGAAACCCAGUUUUUAACUGA